AUGUCCCGUCACGUGCUGUUAUCCCGUCUCGCGGAGCACUUCCAAGCUGGUUCUCCUCAGGGACAACGGUUUCCGUCUCCAGAGAGAAGCGUGUCGCCUCGUUCCCCGACCUCUGUCAGUUCACCUCCUCAGUCGCCAGACUCAAUUUCACAGCAACGCUUGGAUGUACUGCAAUUUGGAGACAUUGAGAUUGCAGGAAGAGCGCUUAAGCAAUACGCUAGAGCUACAGAAUUGGGUGCGCUGAUGUACUGCAGUGGUCUGGGGGCGUUGUAUAGCGGCGGAGUGUGGCCAUUGUUGCUACCACAAGCGCCACAUUUCCCGCCUGGUGUUGACCAUGCCCGACACACGCCACCCAGAGAUGAUGACGAAGAGGAGCUGCCUUUGAACUUAUCGAUGAAGAAUCGUCAAAUUUGGUCACCGGCUAGUGUUUGCGAACGCGAACAAGUCGAGACGGAGAGAGAAUCGCCGAUGUCACGAUGGGACGUCCACGAUGAUCCAGACAGUCCUCUUGAACUAGUUAAGAGAUGUCGAAGCAAUCCCGAUGAAAAGCGUCCUUCAAGCGCUGAACCGUUGCGUUGCCCCUCCGCGCCCGCCUACCACACCUACCCGCCACCGCCUGCGCCACCAGCAGACAUCAAUAUCUCGUUACUUCUCAAAACAGAUAAUAAAAACGAGAAAUCUUUUCAGUGCAAGCAGUGCGGCAAAUGCUUCAAGCGCUCCAGCACUCUAUCUACGCACCUCCUCAUCCACUCGGACACCAGACCUUAUCCCUGCCAGUACUGCGGUAAACGUUUUCACCAGAAAUCUGACAUGAAGAAACAUACUUAUAUUCACACCGGUGAGAAGCCACACAAGUGCGUGGUGUGUUCCAAAGCUUUCAGUCAAAGUUCAAAUCUCAUCACACACAUGCGCAAGCACACCGGAUAUAAACCUUUCUCAUGUGGUCUAUGCGAUAAAGCGUUCCAGCGCAAAGUCGAUCUCCGUCGGCACAGGGAGUCGCAACACUCAGAAGUCGAACCUCCAACUAGCAUUGCUCUCUCCCAGCAUCGCUAUAGAUUCUACGGAGAUGAACAAACACCGCUCGCACCUAUAAGUUCCAACUGAAAACAGCUGAACACAACGACUGCAGCUUAUUUUAUAACAUCACUGAAACCAAAAUUUUCAACAUAGCUAACUAGGGCGUAAGUUAUAGGUCGAUAAAUAAAACAACUAAUGCAAAUUAAGUUAUCAUGUACACUUUUAGUACUUUAGCCAAAGAUUUCGAGCAAUUAUUUUAAUUAUUUCGUCCAACUACGUGUAUGCUUACUUUUAGUACACCUAAAAUACGUGUGAAAUAAAAACAAUAAAUUGUUUUGUAUAAUGUGCUUAGUACACCUUAAUAUAGUUAUCUCUAUUAUGAUAAAAAUCACUUAUGUGUGUUACCUCUAGAGUGCCUUAAUGUGCAUCACAUAAUUGUCUGAUUUGUAAAAACGAAAGUGUAGACAGUUCAACAGUCAUAUAAAACAUCGCAACUCCGUCCUUUUUA